CAAAUAUUUCGAUUUUUAUAACUUAAGCCUCUAGGAAAUUUUGACUUGUACUAAAAUAAAGUUGGCUAUGCUUUUAAAUGUCACUUGUUUAGAUUGAUUUUGUAACGGAAGUUUUAUGUAUUUGAACAUUUUCUGUCGGUUAAUAGCUAAAGAUUUUUAAAUUUCGUUAAUUUUAAUUUACAUGAUCGGGGAUUAGUAACUCGUACCUCUUCAUGGAGUCGUAUUACAGUAGUGACGAAGAAAUCGCUUGGGGACCAGUCACGUUGCGAGAAAUAAAUGCUGAUUUAAAGAGAUAUCAACCUAGGAAACCAAAUAGGAGACAUACGGUACUUUGCAAAACUCGGAAUACUAAAAUGGACGAAUCUCUUUCUAAGGCUAUGAACAAACUAGACAUAUCUGGCACAUCAACCGCAUAUUACACCCCAAAUGAGAGUUUAAAAGUUGCCAAUAAUUCAGAUUUUCUUGAAAAACUUUCGCAUGUUAUUAAUGUUCCAAGUUCAGAAUUGUCCGAGUAUGCCUCUGUAUUGGAAUCCACAGGAAAUACUAAGAGCCAGCUAGAGAACACGGAAAGCCAAAAUGAACCUCUAAUUGUGCCAUACAUAUUGAUAAGUAAACCAGAUAGUUCUGUUCAGAACGAUUCUUGCAUGGAUUUUAUUAAGGCAUUGGAAAAUCGAGAAACUCAGUAUGAUAUAGAAAACUUUCAACAAACUCUCGUUGAAAACAGUUAUGUACCAUCAGAAGAAGAACAAAUAACAACUGAAGAAGAGAUUUCAGUCAAUGAAACUAAUUCUGUAGGUGAAGAAAGUGAAAUAGAAGAGAGAGAAGUAAUUGUUUUAAGCGACGAUAGUGACAACUCUGCAGAAGAUUGUAAUGUAAGUUGCGAUGAAAGAAUUACUUCAUUCAGAAAGGAAACUGAUGAGUUUCAAGAGAGUGAGUUUCUUAAUAAAUAUGACAAGACUGAAAAUAAAUAUGAGCUACUUGAAAAUGAUUUGGGAAGUAAUGGUGAGGAACAGCAAAAUGAAGUGAAUGAGUCCAGUGCAUCAGGUAACAGAAUUAACGCUUUUGAAGAAACGAGUUAUCAGCGUAAUGUGGAGGAGUUAUUACUAACACCAAAUAUGCAGCGUCAACUGUCCACGAUAAAAGAAUAUAGUACCUCCCCCGUUAUUGUACCGGAGAUAGAUUUGACACAAUUUGACGAUUCCCUGAAAGAUGAUUCACUUCAGCUAAAUGAUACUUUAGAAGAAAUGAACAGAUGGCUGAAUGAAGGUCUAAAUGAUCGCAUUUCAAAUGACGAAAUUGUAGAAGAAACACCCACAAGGAAAGAUAUUUCUACUCCAUGUAACAAAAUUACUUCAAAAAAACAGUUAUUGUCGUGUGAUAGGGACAAGACGAGCCAUAUCCCAAAAAGGAAGUAUAUACCCACCUCAGCAGAAAAGAAAGUUAACAACACAUACACCCUUAAAAAAAUGUCGCCAAAAACCGAUUUUAAAAUACCUGAAAUACCUUUCCGCCAAAAACUAACAACACCUACUCCCCCGAAAUCCGGCCUUAAUUUAAAAAAUAUCGUCAGCCCCGUCGCGCUGUAUAUAAAAAGUAGCCCCAGGAUUCCGCUAAAGCAAAAUGUUCCGUUGAGAGAGUUGCCCCGGAUUGUAACCACCACAAGCACAAAGUCCUCGAAUAAAGAAAACUUGGUGGGGAUGGAGUUCCCUGAGGUCGCGUACAAACCGUCAAAAAGUCAAAAAACGACAACGGAGGAACCCGUUGUAGUGCCGCCAUACAUGAAAAAGUUGAUUACAGAGGGACACAUCACAAAGCACGAGGGCAGGCUGAAACCCAAGCGGAACGAUUCAAAAGUAAGCAGAAAAUUACUACAGUCUGACGUUACAAACACCACAAUCGAUCAAAGCUUGUUGGAUAACACUGGGGACGUAUCGGUUUUAACAAAUAAGCAGGCGUUUAUAAAGUAAGUCUUAUUAAAUAUAAGUUUUUAUCUAGUGAUUUUAUUUAACAAUAUUUUUCUCUAUUUUCUGUUUUCUGUUUUAAUCAUCAAUCAGCUACCUACUUUGCGAGU